AAACGACUCUUGAAAAACAAGAGCAGGGGAGCCAAGCUGAGGUAACUCGCCGGGUCUGUAGGAAGAAUCCUGACAGCAGAAAUCGGGGAAACGAAUGAGAAAGCAAUCGAUCACAGCAUAUUGAUCAACAAAUUGUCUUUCUAUUUAAACGUUGACGAAAGUACACAGAUGGACAACAGAAAUGCCCCUGAAGAUAAACCUGUCCAGCGCUCCAAAUCCUUCAGCUUCAAGACACCGAGGGAGGUGUGCUCGUCAUGUGAGAAGACCGUCUACCCCAUGGAGAGAUUGGUGGCUAACAACCUGAUAUUCCACUCGGCCUGUUUCUGCUGCAAACACUGCAACACCAAACUCAGCCUGGGCACAUUUGCUGCCCUUUCCGGUGAUUUCUACUGCAAGCCGCACUUCCAGCAGCUCUUCAAGAGCAAAGGCAACUAUGAUGAGGGCUUUGGCCGCAAGCAGCACAAGGAGCUUUGGACCUCCAAGGAGGGAGAGAACAUAACUAAGACUGCGUAGCCACGCCUGUCUGUGUCCCAACCGCUCUCUCCCCAAAGUUGCCUCGUCUCCACCUCCAACAUGUCAUAAAGAGCACCAACGUGUCAUGAGGGGUGCAGUCAACGCUCCUGUGCGCUCGCUCCCCAUAGAAGACACACACCCACUAUGACUGGCCGGUCACGCUCCCCAUGGAAGACACACGCCCACUAUGACUGGCCGGUCACGCUCCCCAUGGAAGACACACGCCCACUAUGACUGGCCGGUCACGCUCCCUGUUGCUCGGAAUUUUAUUUAGUGGGGUGUUUAUUCCUUUAAUUUGGUUAUAGUAUCAUUUUUAUUUUACAUUUACUCUUUUGAAAUUGUUAAUUGUGACCAAACUGCUUAUUCACAAACCAGUGGUAUGUUUUUGUCUUUUUGAGGACUACACAUCAUUGUUUUCUUUAUUUUUCGGAUAAAUUUGCACCCUUUUGUCGCAAGAGGCGCAAGGGACCGUAUGCUCAGGUGAACAUAUGGUUAGAGAAGCUGGAGUUCACCCUCAGCUGUAGAACAUACUCAGGUCAACCAUACUGAGCUAGGUUCAUUAGCACGUUUGUAUUUUAUGACCUCUUUUUAGUUCCAUAUAGUCAAUUAAAUCUAACGCCAAUUUUAAAGACCAGUCCUCUGCAUUGCGGUAGCACCUGCGGAAGCCUAUUUGUGAGUUUGUCAGGGUUCACUUAUCUGAGAAACAAACAUGGUACUGUAAAACUGUCACACGUUCUCUCUCUCUCUCUGGGUACAUUUAGUUGAAUUCUGUCUUAUUGUUCACAUGUUCUUUUUGCUCCUAUGAUCUGAAUGGCUGCUAGGUUUCAGUUCUGCAUGUUUGUCCUGUAUGAGUCUUAGCUGUCAUACCUUUAGUCUGUACUGCCCUCCUGUGUUCUGGGUGACUUUUUAAAACUAAUCUGCUUCAUUGACUCUUAAUCUCACUUUUCUGGAUUUAAAAGGCUCUCUUUGCUCUGUUAUUUUCUGGGUUUCACGGUCAUGUGAUAAGUUGCUCUCACUCGUAGAGGCUUUUUCAUCUUUAUUCUGAAUAUGAGAAGUAUCUCAUCGGUGUUUGUACAUAGCUUGUGCUUAGUGAACAUAUCACACUAUACUGUGCACAUAUGACCAUGCAUGUUAAACAGACAAGUCUAACAGGAAACCACAACUGUCACGCUAAUAUCCCCUGCUGCUUCCUGUUCAUGCAGAGCUGUCUGUUCAUGUACUAAAUUGGGCUAAGUUGGUGGGUAAAACUAAGCGGGACUUUCGGAUCUUUCAAGACAACUGUGAACUCUGGUGGGGGAACAAUGUCAAAAUCCCGAUGUCUGUGAUCUGCCAAUUGGGAAAGUCAGCUCUAGAAAGAGGCCAGAGUUCCUGAAGCAGAAUUAUGAGUUGGAUGACCUUUUAAAACAACAAAAAAUCCCAUCAACUUUUUUUCUUUUUGAGUUCCCUGUUGUCUUGAAUGAAAGUCUGAGAAUUCAGUGUUCUGAAUGUGGCAGAAAUUCACAUAUGACUGGGAUGUCCUGACGGGGUCUCAAGUGAAAUCACAUAAUGUAAAAAAAUAUAUAUAUACUAUCGUGCUUCUCCAGUGACAUCACAUCUGCAAACAUAAAUAUAUUUUAUUAUUUUUAUAAAUGCCUCAUGGCUUUCUUGUCUCGACUGCAUCACGUGAUUCUGAGCAGAGGUGGUGGAUUUGUGAAGAUGGUUCACUUCAGGCCGUUUACCAUUGGGGGAAAAAAUUGUCAGUUUCAGUCUGCUGAACAGGGUGGAUCUCCCAUCGACACCAAUGUGAUAGAUGGCAGCUGGGUCUGGUCUACUUUAUUGACUAAUGUAACCAGAAAGAAUGAGGGAGUGGGAUGUCUCGCUGCUGCGCCAUCUCUGACUUUGAGCACCAGGACCUAGUACUAUGUGAGGGGUGGGCGCUAACAGGGAAUGUUGUUUGAACUGGGGCAUGUUCAGGGGAAUUCCUACGCAGUGAGUAAAGCCCAGGCCUACAGAGCCCCAAACCUCAGAGUAGCGCCUCCUGGUGGGAGAAGAGAGGUCGGAAAUGCUUGAGUAAGUUCAGCCAGUCCCAGUAAAGGUUUGAGAUAUUACUUAUCACACAAUUGUCAAUAAACACGUUUGCCCCCAGUAAUUUAUUCUGUAUAGCUUUUACUUUUUUUUUAAAGAUGUGGGAGGGGCCUUGGGAUGAAACGGUUGUGCUACAGGUAUUUUUUUAGGUUGGAAUGUUCUAAAGCGACACCUGCUUUGGCCAACAAACUCAAUAGAUAAUAUUUUUAUUUUCUUCAUUCUAGCUUUAGAAUGAAACUAAAGCCAUUGAAUUACAUCAUUUGGGAAGUAUUCAAUGCCACUUGAAUGACACAAUGUAUAUUGUGAUGGAAUGUUUACUGUGAAUUAUAAACUGGGUGGUUCGAAUGCUGAUUGGCUGAAAUCCGUUUUAUAUCAGACCGCAUACCACUGGUAUGACAAAUCAUUUAUUUUUACUAAUCUAAUAAUAUUGGUAACCAGUUUAUAAUAGCAAUGAGGCACCUUGGGGGUUUGUGCUAUGUUGGGAAUAUACCAAACCUCCUCGGGCUUCAUUGCUUAAUUAGAGCAUGCUGUGCAGAAUAGGAAAUAAAAUGUUACUUUUUGAUAAGUAAAUCCUUAAAAAUAAAUGGCAAAAACUAUUGCGUAACAUUUAAUGCUUUUUCAAAACAAUUUUUUGUUUUUGAGUGCAAAUACCUUUUCUCCCUGUUCCAGCCUAUUCCCCUGUGAAUGAAAAGAAUCUUUCUGUUUGUUUUCCACUUAGUCCCUGUGGUAGAUAUGAGUGGUUUCACUCAGCCAGAGGUUUACGAACCCGCUCAUCCUCCACUCUCUCCUGAAUGCUUUUCAUUUUUUCAGUACAUUUCCUCAAGUUGUAAAGUUAUCUAUUUGUUUUUAACAUUUUGUAUUGGUCCUCGAGACCACCCAGAAUUCUUUGUAACCAAGAACAUCAUAUCAAAUAACACUGUGUCCAUAUCGUCUUAUGUGUGAGGAGUGUACCAAGGUACAACGGCGUUAUCCUGUGAAUAAACUUUCUUUGUGUAGAGAAACAAAAAGAAAGUAGGUACACAUUUCCAUACUGGUACCAGGAGGCUCAGGUCUAUGAGAGCUGUGUGACUGUCUGUGUUCUGCGAGUCAUGUAGUUGUGUGCAAAAUUGGAUGUAGACUUAACAUUUCUCAAUGCAGGUGUCACUGUUGUCAAAAUGUUAAUGUAUGCAUUUAAAAACAUUCUGUAUAACUUGACCUGUGGAUGGUGACCUUGCAAGCAAAAAGGACGUUUUGGCUCUUACUCGUCUUUCACCUCUACUCUCUUCUUUUAGGAUUAUUACUCCAGUUAAAUUGUGUUGUAGAAGAACGUGAUUAUAAAUAAUGUGAUUUGUCCCCCUCACACCUACACACAAUCAAAUGUAUUUUGUUUGAUCAUUUUCUUUCAGUAGUUUAAAUUUUUACAUGCUUUUGGAAAAAUAAAUGAAGAUGCUGGUGAUAAGUGA